AUGCCACACAUGGCCAAUUCAGCUUCAGCGAGAUGCCGGGCCGCACAUGGCUCUCUAAUACUGUUGUGCUCGUUGCCCAUGGCGAGCGGCUUCUUUGAAGAGCUCUUUGGAGGCUUCGGUGCCAGCGAGGAUGCAAAUGGACAGCCGAAAAAGGCAAACUUUAUUUGUCCAUUGGAAGCGCGGGUGAAAAGUGUGGCCGUGGUGGAUUUCGGAUGCGAAGUGCAGGGCACAUUGAAACUGGAAGAAGACGAACUGCAGAGAGUGCUGGGGUACUUUUCGUCUGGUCGGUGGGCGAAGGCAACCUUUCAGCGGGCCACGGAUGCCUUCAGCUGUGUAGGUGGGGUUGCCUCCGCCCACAGGACGUGUGAAGUUCGACAAGAGCAGGGAAAGGAUGCUGAGGCCCGAAUUUGGACUAUCAAAGCGGGAUAUGGCCUGAACAUCCACUAUCGCUCGAGCUCCCGCGUAGAGCAUCUGCAAGAAAACUGCGAGAAAACUGUGAGCAGGCGCCUGACCUUGACCUUCAACCGCAUCUUCGACCAUGAAGCCGUGGAUUUGGACAAGGAUCUCUACGAAGUCCUUGGCCUUGCAGAGGACGCGGAUGAGGCGAGCAUCAAGAAGGUGUAUCGAAAGCUGUCAAUUCAGUAUCAUCCUGAUAAAAAUCCAGACGAGGCAUCCAAGGCCAAGUUUGCCGAGAUCCGAGAUGCAUACGAGAUCCUUAACGAUCCUGACAAGAAGAUCUUGUAUGACACAGGUGGCAUGGCUGCUGUCAAGGAUUCCGAGAAAGGCAAGGUAGAGUCCACUAGCGACGUCCAUUCAGAGAUUGAGGUGGGCUUAGAGGAUCUCUACCUCGGCACUGAGUUCCGAGCUACGGUCAAGCGAGGAGUUGUUUGCAGAGGCUGUCGCAAAAAUCCCAGCUCGCCCAACUGCAAGGGCUGCCGCAAGUGCAAGAACCAGAUCAAGGUGGUGCAGGUCCAGAUGGGCCCAUUCCUCACCCAGCAGCAGCAGGAAGUUCCCAGCAAGGAGAAGUGCAAGGAUAUAGAUGCACCGUUGGAUGUGCACAUUGAGAAGGGCAUGACCAGUGGCGACACGGUCACCUUUCCCCGAAUGGCAGAGGAACGGCCUGGCAUGCUGCCGGGAAGCGUAAUCCUCAAGCUGAAGGCCAAGAAGCACCCGCGUUUUGAGCGCCGCGGCAGUGACCUCCACACAGACUUGAAGAUCAGCCUGCGGGAGUCACUCCUGGGCUGGUCCAGAACCAUCCAGCACUUGGAUGGACAUGAAGUCGAAAUCAAGCAGAGCGAUGUGACCAAGCACUUGCAGGUGUUGAAGAAGCGCAGUGAAGGAAUGCCGCACAGAGAUGACCCUGCCAGCUUUGGGGACAUGCACGUGAAGGUGGCGGUGGAAUUCCCGAAGACAUUGACGCCACAGCAACGGGAAGCCAUUGCACAAGUCUUCGCAGGCCAGAGGGUGUGA